UGUGAAAGACAAGGCAGCGCUCUGUCAGAGUAAGAACACUUUCUCACCAUUAUGAAGUCUCCGAAGCUGUAAUUGUACGAGGUGUGCAUGCGCACCUAUGUUUUCUACAGCUUUAGCCGCGGCAACUCUCUGCGCAGCUGGCGAUGACUCCGGAGCCCAUCCGCGGGAGGUUUCGAGGAACGCGAAGUGGAGUUUAAAGUUUAGAGUUCCGAUGUUCUUAGCGACCCCUGUGAAAAGAUCGUUCGACCCCCAAAGGGGACGCGACCCACAGGUUGAGAACCAAUGUAAUAAACGGAUUCUGCUGUGCAGGGGGACAAACUCCAGCAAGGGAACUUUUCAAACCCCUUGGCAGGUCGCAGGGUUGAGUUGACUUCCGCUUCGUUGCCCCCCCUCCCCAAAUUGGUCAGAACUUUAUGACAUUAUUUCUGAUUUUUAAGGACUACAUUUCCCAGAAACCAUCAUGGCAUGUUUUUACUCUCCGCCCUUCCUUCGAGUUAUAAACUGGGAGCCAAAGUCCAGGAGGCGAAAGAAGCACUGCAAGUCUGAGCGGGAGCAAAGGGAAAUUUGUCUGGCUUAAGCAAAUUUGCUGUGAUGGCGGCGCGCAUCCUGGUCUUGCCUUCCCCCGCCUGCCUGUAUGACGAUCCCGUGCAGGUGAAGAUCGAGGGCCUCUCUCCGCUACAGGAGGUCACCGUCGCGGCGUCUUUGGAGGAUGAGAGCGGCCACCUCUUCCAAUCGCGCGCGUACUAUCGGGCUGAAGGGAACGGAGAACUGGACCUCAGCUGCUCCCCGUCGCUAGGUGGGAGCUACUGCGGGGUGGAGCCCAUGGGCUUACUGUGGGCGCUGGAAUCCACGACGCCCUACAAGAGGUUGAGUAAGAGGAACGUCCUCACCCCGUUCUGUGUCACCUACGAGGUGUACGACGGGCGCGGAGUCACCGGCUCGCUCCUUUGCAGCUGCCGCAGCGAGAGAUGCUUCAUGGCCGAAGGCGUGAAGAGGGUUCCCGUGCGAGAAGGCCGGCUCAGAGCCACGCUUUUCUGCCCGCCCGGUCCUGGACCUUUCCCAGCAGUUCUUGACUUGUAUGGAUUUGGAAGCGGAUUGGUGGAGUACAGAGCAAGUCUUUUGGCAAGCAGAGGUUUUGUUACACUGGCACUUGCUUUUUUAGGUUUUGAAGAUCUCCCAGCUGCCCCAGAAUUCAUUGACUUAGAUUAUUUUGGUGAAGCAAUAAUGUUCCUGCAGAAACAACAAAAGGUUAAAUCUAUGAAAAUUGGAGUCCUGGGACUAUCGAAAGGUGCAGAUCUCGGUCUUUCUUUAGCUGCAUUUUGGCCAGACAUCCAAGCUGCUGUCAGUAUUUCUGCCACAGGGUCAAAUACAUUUUUCCCUUUGAAAGUUAAAGGACACAUCAUUCCACCUCAUCCUUUUGAUUUGGAGAAGGCCAAACCUACUGAUGUUCCGAAUGUACUAAAUUUUGCUGAUGUAAUGAAUGACCUCACUGACCCAUCAACCUGGCCAUGCCGCAUCCCUGUUGAAAAGUCCUCAAGCAAGUACCUCUUCAUAUGUGGACAGGAUGACAAAAACUGGAAAAGUCCAAUGUUCUGCCAAGAGGCUGUUAGCCGCCUUCAGAAGAAUGGACGUCAUGUGGAGUUCUACUGCUAUCCUGGAGCUGGACACUUCUUGGAGCCCCCUUAUAUGCCCUUGUGCUGUAUUUCAUAUAACAAGACACUUGGGAGCCUUGUAAACUGGGGCGGAAAGCAGAAAGAACAUGCAGAGGCACAGGAAGAUGCCUGGCAAAGAAUAUUAGCCUUUUUCAGACAACACUUGCUGGAGUCAUCUUUGAAAAGUACUUUAUAGGGUGCAGUUUCUUUAGAUGUUAGUUGGUAACCAAGUUAAGCUCGGAGUGAUGGCCUUUAAACAGUAUAUUUUGCCACUUUCAGGUACACCAAUGGGGCACCACAAUUUUCAUUAGCUUGGUGAAAGCUCUUCUAGCUGGAAACCCUUAAGCAGCUUAUACAUAAAUUGUUUGUAAUAAACCAGUGGUUCUCAACCUUCCUAAUGCCGCAACCCUUUAAUACAGUUCCUCAUGUUGUGGUGACCCCCAUUCAU